UCGUUCACUCACGAGCCAACACAGAGGGUGAUAUGCGCUGCCUGAGCAUUACUUUGCCUUUCAAUGCAGUUUGUCUUCUUUCACGCCAAAGAAUUUUAACUGCACCAUUUCAGACAACACUUCGAGUUCUUCUUCUUUAGCCGGAAGUAGAAUUUCUACCUCGUACAACCAAACGUGAACACUCACUCUUGUUUCGGUAAAAUUUCCAUGGAAUUCGACAAUGUCACUUUAGUUAAGAAUGCAUAUAAUUUUUUUUUUUAAACUUUAUGUUAGAGACGCUGAGGCUUGUGAGCUUUGAAAAAUGUUGAUGCUUGUACUGCACCUUUACAGAGACGAUCUAUUUGUGACGAAUCAUUUCGCGCGAAACUCAGUUCGGAAAUAAGGCGGAAGACCGAGGACGAGUUGAAAAUGAGUAAAAAGGACAACACUGACAGCGCCGCAGUCAUCCUUGCCUACCUAAAUGCCAAGAACCGUCCUUACAGUGCCCAGGAUGUCUUCUGUAACCUACAAAGCCAGCACGGAUUGGGCAGAACGGCAGUGGUCAAAUCCAUGGAGCUACUGGCUCUGGAGGGCAAGAUAAAAGAGAAGACUUAUGGCAAGCAGAAGAUUUAUUUUGCUGAUCAGGCUCAGUUGAAAGAUGUGAAUGAUGCAGACUUGAAGGCCAUGGACGUUCGCAUUGCCAGCCUCAAUGAGGAGAUGCAGGCCCUCAGCCAGAGCUGCGGACAGCUGAAUGCAGAGCUGAAGGAGCUCAACAACAGUCUGACCAGAGAGGAAAUGAUAUCAGAAAUCGCCAGGCUGAGAGACGAGUGUUCAGAAUGUCACAAGCGUCUGGACAAGAUAAAGUCGGCCAACAAUCAUGUCACGCCAGAGGAGAAAGACAAGGUUUUGAAAGAACACAAUGUUUAUGUGAAAGAGUGGCGAAAGAGGAAGAGACUGACUUCGGACAUUAUGGACACCAUCCUGGAGGGAUAUCCCAAGAGCAAGAAAGAGUUCCUGGAGGAGGUUGGCGUGGAGACUGAUGAAGACUACAAGGUGGUCCUGCCGACUCUUUGAAGACACAUUUUUUGUAUUUAAAUGUACCUAACAACCUUUAUUAAGAAUGUCUAUAUGUUGCAGUUUGUACAUUCUGUUUCUUUUUAGUUCAUCUUGUGUGCUCGUGUUUAUUUCCUGUACAGUAUUUACUGACAACUUAUUAAAUGUUCAGCGCGCAUUAUUUAGUCAAAGUAAAAAAAAAAAAAAAAAAA